AUGUCUGCUUUCUGGGCGAAGUUGGGAGUUAAUAUCAAUGCUGGGCCAUCUACUGACCAGAUAAUAGCAGCACUCAAGAGAUGCAAAGAGUGGCCUCGGGAUGAUCGCAAGCGGCUCGCGUACCUUGCCAUCUUCGCUGGAUACAUUGAAGGGAAAAAUGUGCUGAUUGAGUCUCUGAAGGCCAAAAAUAUCACGGGUUGUUACACGAUUGAUGGGUUUGUACAAGCUUUCCAAUCUUGGGUGUACACAGCUCUGCCGGAACUUGGUGCUGGUUAUGGUAAUCCCGUAGGAGGCGAACCGGCUGUACCGUUACUGGCUUACUCGGAUGGCAAAGGACGCAUAUGGUUUCAACAGGCUAUCUGCAGUCAGACUAGAGUGGAAAACUAUGUUGAGAAGGAGGAGAUCGGUGAACUGUUUCCACAAUGGGACUCUGAUGUUGAGGACCCGGAGGCGGAGAACAUAAUUAAAGUCAUGUAUAAGAGACCGUGGAAGUGGACCAUAGAUUGCUGGGAAGUCACCGGUACUUGUGAUGCGAGUCCAACGAAGGAAGAUGAAGAACGUCCAAGACAUCGGAAGAAAGCUGAAGAACGUCCAAGACGUCGGAAGAAAGCUGAAGAACAUCCAACUCCAAGACCUCGGAAGAAAACUCGUUUAGAGGCAACUGCAGAGGCAACUGCAGAGGCAACUGCAGAGGCUAGUGAAGAGGCUAGUGAAGAGGGUCGUGAAGAGGCUCGUGAACGUGAAGACGGUCGUGAAGAGGUUCCUCAUCAGGGUCGUUCCGAUGUUCGUACAGAGGUGAUUGGGAUGACUAAAGAGGAAUUGGACAGAAACUUCAAGGACCUAGCUGAUGCCUUGAGGCAAGGGUUUGGGACGUGCCUUGCGGAGAUCAAGCAUCUGUCGGAUAGGAUUGGUGUUGUGGAAAAGAAGCUUGGUAUCACACCUGCUCCGCCUAAACAGACGCAAGAACCAGGGAAUGAAAGAGAAAGUGUUAAUGGGGCGAAAGAGAAAUCCGGAAAGAAGAGAAAGGAGAGAAAGGAGGAUCCAAAGGAGGAUCCUAAGAAGAGAAUGGAGAGGAAGGAGGAUCCUCCGGAUCCUAAGAAGAGAAUGGAGAGGAAGGAGGAUCCCAAGGAGGAUCCUAAGAAGAGAAAGGAGGAUCAAAAGGAGGAUCCUAAGGAGGAUGCUAGUGAGGUUGCUAAGGAUUAUCUUAAGGAGGAUGCCAGUGAGGUUGGUAAUGAGGGUGCUAGUUCCUCGAAAGUGCCGAGUCUAGUGGUUGCCGAAGAAGUCGAAGAACUGAACCCGCAAAGAUUUUAA